AUGAAAAUCUUAUCAGUUGUCAGCGAUGAGCGACAUCGCUUCUCACAUUCACUGAGAACGCCAGCUCCAGCCAAGAAUUGCUUCCUACUUUCUAUUACUAACUGCUUGCUUGUAAGCAACAUCGCUGCGGCUUGA